ACGUCAGUUCACGUCAAUUAAAACUUCUUCACCUUUUUGCCCCCAGAAAAUGAUCGAUAAAGUUGAAAAACACCUUGGCUUUCGGAUAUAUUUUUAUUUUUGACUCGCUUCGCCAAUUUUGACGGACUUCCGGCCGCAGGUGAGCAUGGGCGUCACUCGGUGAGGAUUAGCGGCGUGAGGGAGGCGACAUGCGCCGCGGGGACGUGCCUGUGACCCGGGGAGGCUGAUGGAAAAUAGCCCGCUGAGCGCCCGCUGCUCCGGCCCCGUCCAGAGGAAAGUCCUCCUGCUCAGCAUCAUGGUCCUCGUCUGGCUCUUCAUGCUCUACUCCUGCGCGGGGCCGUGCUCCGGCGUGCCCGGCGGGCUGCUCGAGUCCUACCGGGACAGCGGCGCUCCGGUGGUGGCCAGGAGGACCGAGCGGGCGGACCUGCUGUCGCGGCUGAUGGUGGCCAAGACGCCGCCGCAGCAGCCGCAGCAGCCGUGGGAGGACGUGGACGACGAGGAGCCCCCCGUCAGGACCGCCGCCGCGUCCCGGGACUUGCUGGACGACGAGCCGCCGGAGAGGACCGCCGACUGGGACGGCGUGCCCGGCCGGGCGCCAGCUCCGGAGCCCAGCGGCUUGUCGAGCUUCUCCAACGGCUCCGGGAGCAAGAAGCUGCCGCAGGCGAUCAUCAUCGGGGUGAAGAAGGGAGGCACCCGGGCUCUGCUGGAGUUCCUGCGGGUGCACCCGGACAUCAGGGCCGUGGGGGCCGAGCCGCACUUCUUCGACCGCAACUACGACAAGGGCCUGGGGUGGUACAGGUGA